AUGACGAUUGAGCUGCAAAGCCCUGAGGAUGGUGGAGGUGGUGGUGGCCACGUGGACAUACUGAGCACAGAGGAGCUGGAGUGUAAGAUCUGCUACUGUGCGUACAACCUAGCAAGUCGUAGGCCAAAGGUGCUCGAGUGCUGCCAUCGUCUGUGCGCCAAAUGCCUCGCUAAGAUCCUGGACCUGGGUGAGUCACCUCCCAAUGCUGUUGUGUGCCCAUUCUGCCGCUACAUAACCAGACUGCCUGGAGAGGCGGUGAGCAGCCUGCCAGAUGACUGCAACCUGGUGGCGGCACUGGCCCUCCAAAGCAGGAAUCAAAGGAACCUGCACUUCCACCAGGAGGCGACCACGGAGCUGCUCCUCAGCCCCAGGCGCCUGAGCUCGCUGAUGGGCAGCAACCUACCUGUGAUGCCCCCUUCCUCCUCCUCAUCUGCGUCUUCUUCCUCCACCACCUAUUCCUCCAUUCGAGGGUCCCCUAACUUUGUGGUCAUUACCAUCAUGGAGCCUCCACCAAUGCCUAUUUCCACACAGGACCUCCACCUCCACCACCAGCCACAUGGAUCUCACACAUCAAACCGAGGCUACCGCUCAUCAAGUCUAGACUCCAUGGCGUCCAUCACGCAGAGGUGGACGGUGUGGAACUGUGCGGCCCUCCUGUGCCAGACCUCGGCUCGGGCUCUGGUGUGGGUGCUGGGGCUGCUGUACUUCAGCUCGCUGCCCAUGGGGGUUUACCUGCUCAUCAUGCAGAGGACAACGCUCGGGGUGCUGCUGGUGAGCCUGGUUCCUGCCAGCCUCGUCAUGAUCAUGGUGUACGGCUUCUGCCAGUGUAUCUGCCAUGAGUUGUGGGACUGCAUGCCUCCGUAA